AUGGGUCUAACUACUAAACCAUUAUCUUUGAAAGUUAACGCUGCCUUAUUCGAUGUCGAUGGUACCAUCAUCAUCUCUCAAGGUGCUAUUGCUGCCUUCUGGAGAGAUUUCGGUAAGGACAAGCCAUACUUUGAUGCUGAACAUGUUAUCCACAUCUCUCACGGCUGGAGAACUUACGAUGCAAUCGCUAAAUUUGCCCCAGAUUUUGCUGAUGAAGAAUUAGUCACCAAGUUGGAAGGUGAAAUUCCAGAAAAAUACGGUGAACACUCCAUUGAAGUCCCAGGUGCCGUUAAAUUAUGUAACGAUUUAAACAAAUUACCAAAGGAAAAAUGGGCCGUCGCUACCUCUGGUACCCGUGAAAUGGCUACCAAAUGGUUCGAUCUAUUAAAAAUUAAGAGACCAACUUACUUCAUUACCGCUAACGAUGUUAAACAAGGUAAACCACACCCAGAACCUUACUUGAAGGGUAGAAACGGUUUAGGUUACCCAAUUAACGAAAAGGACCCAUCUAAAUCUAAAGUCAUUGUCUUUGAAGAUGCUCCAGCUGGUAUCCUUGCCGGUAAGGCCGCUGGUUGUAAGAUUGUUGGUAUUGCAACUACUUUUGAUUUAGAUUUCUUAAAGGAAAAGGGAUGUGACAUCAUUGUUAAGAACCACGAAUCUAUUAGAGUCGGUAGUUAUGAUGCUGAAACUGAUGAAGUUGAAUUCAUCUUUGACGACUACUUAUACGCCAAGGAUGACUUAUUACAAUGGUAA